AUACGAUGCGCUCAGUAUGCGACUAACGCUUCACUGAGGUGGGUGCGUCACCCACUAGCCCACGAUGACGACAUACGAGAUGCCCGCUAACGCCAGAGAGCGGAUGCUUAGACUCAACAUAGAAGAAGCGCGAGGCAACCUACAGGAACUGGACAUCUCGAAUUGCAUUGUCGCGAACCCGGAAGACCUCCUAUGGUACAUAUCCGGCCUGCAAACGCUUCACACUCUCAAGAGCCUUGCGUGUCCCCUAAGUGCGAGCUUUCUUCUGGACAGCCUGCUGAGAUCGUUGGAGAACGUGAUCCACCUCGAGUUCUCGCUCGUCGACAGCAGGGAGGAUGCCGAAGAGCAACUUAUGAAGGUCAGGCACAUCGCGCACGUGGCGAACGCGCGAAGGAAUCGAGAGACCAAACUUCGCAAGGUGUUUGUCGAGGUCGCGGGCGAAGAGAACAUGCAAGUGCUCUCCGCGUUCUUGAUGUACUGCCCGCACGUGACGGACCUUCACAUCCACAUGGUGCACAUCACUCGCUCCGACGUAGACGUGGCCUCCUGCGUGCGCACCGUCGAAGGACUGCGCAGUCUGAAGGUGUUCACGUUAACGUGCGAAGCGCUGUUGCCGACUCGGCCGGAACCCGUCUGGUCCCUGGACUUGCAGUACUGCGCCGGUAUCUACGGUAACGUGGUGUUCAGGAAAAGGAACAACUGGCUGAACUACGCCCUCCUUCGCGACCUGUUCAGAACGUCGAUCGCGGUGCUCCCGGGCGAACCCAUCGUUCUGGUCGCCUUCGACACGCCCGAUCUCGAGGUGUGGUUGGACGAAGCAGCCUCCCAGUACGACUGGAGCGAUUUGCAGAGCCUAUGCAUCGCGCUUUUUUCUCAAAAUUACGACGAGACUGUGUACCCGGUCGUCGGCGCUGCGUAUGACGCGGUGCUGCGCGAUUUUUUCGCCAAGUUUUCCAACCUCACCGAGCUGAAUGUCGGCUCGUUUCACUUCGGCGACGGCAUCGACUUCACCGAGCUGCUGUCCACUUCCGCUCUGCGGCGGCUGCGCGCGCUGUGCUUGCCGCCCUGCGGUAUGCGGCAGAACUGCGCCGUGAGCCGGCUGGCCGUCACCAUUGGCGAUAUCGAGGACCUGGACAUCCGCCUUAACGUGGGCGGUCGCCACCAAACCUGCGAUUCCUGCAGCAAGCAGCUGCUCAUCCAAACUGCGUACGCGAGUGUGUUUCGCGUCAAGACGGGGCAUGGCCGUCUCACUCUCUGCAACGUACCGAACUUGGCCUCGCUGGACUUCCUCCGGAACUGCCACGUUGCCCAUCUCCGGUACGUCGACAUCGACGACAAACCGCGCUUCGAUUACAUGUCGCUCGCAAAAGCCCUGUGCGCCGACGUUCACGUCUCCCUCCGCUCUCUAGUAGUCAAGUUCGGAAACAUCGAUUUCUACGACGCGAACUUCACGACUUCCCUGUGCACUGCGGUCUUUCUGGAGCGUCUGUGCCUGCUGUCCGACACUCGGCUGCCGCCGCGCUUCGCCGAGGAGAUGAUCAAAGGGAUGGCCAUCCAACUACCGUCCAUUUCCUACCUGCACAUUCACUACGUGGACGAAGUGGGCAAAGAGGCCCGCCUGACGUGGAUUCGCGUGCUCGACGACUCGGCUGGCAAGUCGCAACGGGAACAAGUUAUCGCCGGGAAACCCUGCAUCAUGUGCUCCACCCAGACGUUCAUCGCACUCUCAAAACCGCGUCGCCGGGAACUGUAGACCAAGCAGCGGACGUAGACGCCACAGUUGGCCGCAGGACCAGUGGCUCAGUCCUGAACUCCCCGCCAAGUGAGGGCUGUCAUCGAACUCAAAUAGUGAUUGUGUCUGUCGCAAUAAUUUAAGUGUUCCAGCGAAAUCAACGGUCGGCUAGUGACGUCACAUCCUCCAAGCUUGGCGUCUAGACACCCACGUCCCGGUUGGUGUCUGCGAGGCGCCGCGUGACGAUGUGAGCAGCGCCUGCUCUGCUUCGCGCUCUUCCGCGCAUUCAGUGAUCGAGCGCUGUUUGUUUUACUAGUCCUGCAGAGCAUUCUGUCUGUAAACGCGUGCUUCAAACAAUCGCCUUUACUACGAACUGCUGUCCUAGCUCAAAUUCGCUCCAAUUCUUAGUGUCAAGAUUUUACGGCCAAUA